AUGAGAGCGGCACGGGUCUCUUCUUCUCCUUCGCGGGAGGCCCCUGCUUGUUCUCGCGAGGAAACGGUUCUCUCAUCGCGUGUCCCCGUUUCUCGCUCCUCGCUCGUCUCGUCCUCUCUUCUCCGCAACAUCCUCCUGGGGCUGUCUCUCUCCAGUGCUGUCGCUCUGCUUCUCCUUCUUCGUCUCCCCCUCCCGGCAACUCGAGUCACGCCGUCUCCGUCUUCCUCUCUGCCCGCUUCUCUCUCUCUCGUCCAUCCGCUUCUCCCUUUCUUCUCCCUCAACAACUCCCCUUCUCUCCCCCGUCCACUUCCCUCUCCUUCCUCUCCUUCUUCUUCUGUCUUUGCCUCCUCGCUGUCGUCUCUCUCUCCCUGGUGGUCGCCCUGGUUCCUUUCGGCCGGUCCUGCGUGGUGGUUCACUUGCCCCGCGGAUACAGCCCCUCGGAGUGAGUCUCUGGAGACACCCAAGAGCCUUGUCUCCGUCGAAGAGGGAACUUCCAGCGAACCUCGGACCGCGCCUGCACAGCACGCGCGGUGGGAACACCACCUCCCUGAGGCGGCGAGGCAGGCGCUCGCCAGAUUCGCGCAAAGAGAAGAGGCGAAGGAGGGAAGCCAAGUUGAGGCAGAGAAGGAAAGGACACGAAGACGAACGUGCAGCGACUCUGCAGAACGCGGCGUCUUGUACCAAGCCUUGCAGGAAGCGGCGUUCUCCAACAACCAGUUCCCCCCCUUUCUUGAGGUCUUGGUUUGCGUUACACUCCUUUUCCUCACCAUCCUCAUGUACAACGCGUUCUCGCGGUUCGUCGCUGCCUUCUCGGCAUGGCGAUCGCAAGUCUUUUUCCUCCUGCCGCCUGCCCUAGAGUCCAGCAGCAGUCUUCCCGCCCACGAAGGCGCGCCUGCUUCCCCUGUUCUCGCGUCUUCUGUCUUGUCCUCUCAGCUGACUCGGGGAUCUUCGGGGAAAGGAACGGGAGGACCUCACCCCUCCCCGUGUGCGCUGGACCCUAAACAGAAAAGCUGCGUCGCGUCCUCGCCUGCUCGAUCGCCUGUCUCCCUUCUCCUCAGCUUCCUUGUCGACUUUUGUCUCCUCGUCCUCCCCACACUGACGGGCUUCUGCCUCCCCAACGCCCUCUUCCCUGUCUCCUUCGCUGUGGUGACCCUGACGGCUGCGUUGGUGCUCUCCUCCUGGAUCCUCCGGGGCGCUCAACUCUCGAAGACUCCACAGCGCGGCGACGCACCGCCGUUCGAAACAGACAACCUCGGGCACGUGGUAGCUUUAGGCGAAUAUCGCGGCAUCCUGAUGAUCGCCACAUGCAUCGCGAUUUCCGGCGUCGACUUCUUCGUCUUUCCGCGGAGCCUCGCCAAAACGUCCACUAGCGGCGUCUCGCUGAUGGAUCUCGGCAUCGGCUGCUUCAUCUUUGGUGCGGGCCUCGUGUCGCCCCAAGCGCGAGCAAAGGCCAACAUCAAGAGUCCCGCUUCGUCGCGGGCAGUCUCCGCGCCAGAGCCAGCAAGGGCGUCAGACGGAGAACCAGGAAGAGGAGAGACACCCGAGGGCGAGGCCGAGUCCAGGGACGCGUUGCAUAGACUUAAAUUCAAAAAAUAUGACGGUCAAGCACGAGCGGUGAAGACGGCGUUGCGUGUGGUCGGAAGAAGUGGCGUUUUGGGAAUCGUGAGCGUCAUCCGUCUCGUGGCGGUCUCUCUCGUCAACUACUACACCCCGGUCACGGAGUACGGCAAGCACUGGAAUUUUUACAUGUCUCUGAUGAUUCUCUUUCUCGCGGCGGAGCUCUUGUUGCCGGAGGCAUCUUUCAGCGCUCUCCUCUACGUUCCUGUAGGCGUUGCGGUCGCUGCUGCGUACCAGCUUCUGCUGUGGGUAACCGACGCAGAGACAUGGGUUCUCACCGCGCGCAGAGACAAUUUUUUCACUGCAAAUCGCGAGGGCAUUCUUGGCUGCGCAGGCUUUUUCUCCCUUUACAUGAUUGGCGCGGGCGUCGGAUCACUCAUUUUCCGCGUGGCUUCUGCCUCGAGGCGGGAAGAGAAUGGACCCAUACGAGAGAGAGAAGAGGCAACGAAAAAGUCCCGCUUGGUCUCGUCCCCGCCGUCUCGCUUCACGCUCAUCGCCGUCCUACUGGGCGCUGCGGUUUGUUUCUACCUCUACGCCCUUGUUUUCGCGUUUUAUCUUGAUCUCCUUCCUAUGCGCCGCCUGAUCAAUUUGCCUUGGGUUCUCCUCGUCGCCGCUCUAAAUGUGUACGGCAUUGCUGGACUCCUCUUGUCAGAUGUUCUCCUCGGCCGGGGGCCAUCCGGAGCCUCGUACCUUCUGGUGGGGCUUUCGCAGAAUCAAAUUUUCAUUUUUUUGAUCGCCAACGUGCUCUGCGGCGUGAUCGGACUGAGUGUCGAUACGCUUCUCGUUUCACCUGCGGUGGCCUUUGGUCUGCUUUUUCUUUAUGGUUGGAGCUGGGCAUUUGUCGCCUUUCUCUUUGGCUACUCAAAGAAACGGAUUCCUUUGAGUUUGUAG